CAGAAAGGUAGCAGCCUGCACUGAGGAGAACAAAGAGGCACAGGAGAGGACCAGAACUGAGGCUCACACACAGGCUGGUCACAACACUUCAUGGUUUCCCAGUGACUGUAAUCUUGGAGUUCUGAUCAAAACAUAAAGAGAAUAGCAAUAACUAGUAAUUUUAAAAGGCUGAAGUCUAAACCAGCUGACAAGAGUAAUACAAUGCCACUACAGUGCCUCUUGGAUGAAUCAGCAAAACUCGUAUAAGCAUCUAUAGGGGACGUUUCAUGAGUGAGGAGAAGGCGCUCGGUGCCCAUAGGUGCUGUCAGAGCAGUGGAUUCCCUGUCCAAUGAGGUGGAAUGCUCUGCGGGCACAUGGUUUACGCUGCUCAAAAUAACUUGGGACCUGCAAACUGACAAAUGCUAUUGCUCCGGUGGUGACAGGUUGUCCAGCUCCUUACAGCCAUCCUCACAAUAACGAAGGUUAACUUCCUUCCCUGUAUGGACUCCUAGCUGUUUCUGUUCCUGAAGACUCGAAGAAUUCCCUCGCUUCCUUAACUUUAAUCUCACACUUCUGGAUAAUUGUCAUCGCUAACUGCCAGGGUUGGGCAGCAACAUCUGGAGGAAUUAAAAAAGCAUGCAAGACGACAGUUUAGAAUCCUCAACUUCAAUAUCUCAACUUCUGAGAGAAAGUUAUUUAGCUGAAACUAAACAUCAAGGGAAGAGUGAAAGAAGCAGAUCAGAACCAGCUUCUCAUAAUUUCCAUUAUGGCAAUGCUUCUGGUGAUUUAGAUGAGGUAGCUGCCCAAGAUGACCUUCCAGACCUCUCCGCCUUUUUGAGCCAAGAAGAGCUAGAUGAAAGUGUAAACUUGGCAAGACAAGCUAUUGAUCAGAAUCCGCUGGAAACUAAACAGGAUGAGCUCCAGCAUCCCCCAGAUCAGCUGAAAAACACAGGAAAACACAAACAAAUGGCCCAGUCUACAGCUCUGAAAACAUCAGACAAUGGUCUGCACUCAAACUUUUGUCAGGACCAUGUCAGAAAUUCAAAGGGCUCCAAAGGGAGCUCUCAGGAUCUAAAGAAACACCACCUCCCUUCUGAAUCAGAAUCCAAAAAGGAAUUCCUAAACAAGGCUGCAGAUUUUAUUGAGGAGCUCUCAUCACUUUUCAAAGCUCACAACUCUGAAAGAAUAAGACCCCGAACAUGCAAAAACUACCGGAGCAAAACUGAUUCUAAGAAUAAGCCUGCUCAAAAAGGUAGCUCUAGCCUAUCUAGCACAUCAGAAAACAGAGAAAGGCUUUCCAUUCCAGUACCUCAAGACUUGGAAAACAAAGCAGAGCAAACAUUUGAACAAACAGAUGAUCAACAGGCGGCAAACUUGGAAUCUAUCAAUCAAUUAACAAGCGCAGAGGUAAAAACAGAGUCAGAAUCUGCAUCUGUAUACUCUGAUGAACCUAUUGGACAACCACCACGCUUUACUCAAAAAUUGAAGAGCAGGGAAGUUCCUGAAGGAACCAAAGUGCAAUUGGACUGCAUUGUGGUAGGAAUCCCAGCACCUGAAGUCAGGUGGUACUGUGAAGGGAAGGAGCUUGAAAACUCACCAGACAUCCAAAUUAUCCAGACAGGUGAUCAACACUCCUUGGUUAUUGUUGAAGCUUUUGAGGAGGAUACAGGACGUUACUCGUGCUUUGCUUCAAACAUCUAUGGGACAGACUCCACUUCUGCAGAGAUUUACAUAGAAGGAGUCUCUUCUUCUGACUCUGAAGGUGAAAUCAUCAAAGACGAAAUGGAUCACAAACCAAAGCCAGCUGACACCUCCUUGAAUGCAGCAUCUCCCGCUGUUAGAACUGCAACCAAGCAUCAAGAAACCUCCAAGGCACCAUCUGCCAUGGCUCAGCCUGUGUCCGUACCUGUCCAGCCUGUGUCAACAUCAGUUAAUCAGGCUCAAAGCCCCACUAACUAUUUGCAAGGACUGGAUGGAAGACCUAUAAUUGCUGCUCCUGUAUUUACAAAGAUGUUACAGGAUAUUUCAGCUUCUGAGGGGCAGCUUGUUGUCUUUGAAUGUCGGGUGAAAGGAGCUCCUUCCCCAAAGGUUGAAUGGUAUAGAGAAGGAACACUGAUAGAAGAUUCUCCAGAUUUUAGGAUAUUACAGAAAAAACCACGAUCUAUGGCUGAACCAGAGGAAAUUUGUACUCUUGUUAUUGCUGAAGUAUUUUCAGAAGAUUCUGGCAGCUUCACCUGUACUGCAAGCAAUAAAUAUGGAACAGUAUCUAGUAUCGCUCAUCUAACUGUCAAAGCACCUGAAGACAGUAGUAAUGCUGCUACUCUUCACACAAUGAGCUCAAUCAACUUAACUGCUGCAGAACAUCAAGCUCCCCCACGUACCCCUACCCAUGGUGUAGUAAAUAAAACCCCCAAACCUAAACUUGAAGGUGUUCUUGUGAACCACAAUGAACCCAGAUCGAGUUCUAAGAUAGGUCUCCGUGUGCACUUCAAGCUGCCUGAAGAUGAUAAAGGAAGUGAAUCAUCAUCAGAGGAUGGACCUGGCUCUACAAACCAAAUCAGAUCCAACUAUUUCCAAGAGAGGAUAAAUGGACAGCCAAUGAAAAUACCAGAGCCAACAUCGCCAUCCAAGGAACCCCCUCCAGUACUGGCUAAACCAAAGCUUGACCAGACCCAGUUAAAACAGCUCCACAACCAGGUCUUGCUUGAACAACAGCAGGUGCAUCAGACAUCUACAAAAGAAUUGUCAUUCAACACAGCUGUAUUGAAUUCUGCUACUUCACUCCAUCAACAGUCCACCUCAACUACGUACAAACAAAGCAAAGCCUCUGCUUCACAAGCAUUCAGCUAUACCCGACCUAAGCAGUUCCUACCAUCACAAACCACAUCACCUACCAGCUCCUCUUCUAGCUCCUCAGUUACAACAUUUGGCAACAUUCCUCAAGGAGCUCAAAGAACAAAUAACAAGGAAAAUUUCAAAGCAAAUCCUCCAUCUGCACAAUCAAGGUCUUCAGGAGGGUUUACAAGCAAAAGUGAACAGUCUCUAUCAAGCCCUAAGGAAUCCAUGGUGCCUCCAUUAACCCUUUCUACAUCUAGUGUAAAGCAGUUCCAGCCGCAGAGUGUGACUCCUGCUCCUAUCUCCCCAACUGGCUGGAUUCAGAAUCCAGUAGCUUUCCUUAGUGCUGUUCUUCCUUCAUUUCCUACUGUGCCGUCAACCAAUGCUAUGGGACUGCCCAGAAGUACACCAGCCACCCCGACCCAGGGAUUAACAAAGAAAAAUCUGAAGCCUCUGCCAUUAGCUACAGACGAUUCUAUUCGGGAAAAUAAAGCUGCACUUGUAAAGGACCUGGAAAGAAAACUGCAUUUCAGAGAGGAUGGUAAUCAACAAAGUAGUCAGCAGGAAUACAGGAUUUCAAGCUUUGAGCAGAGGCUGAUGAACGAAAUAGAAUUUCGCCUUGAACGUACCCCGGUGGACGAAUCAGAUGAUGAAGUCCAACAUGAAGAAAUCCCUACAGGCAAAUACAUAGCACCGAUCUUUGAUAAGAGACUCAAGCAUUUUCGGGUAACGGAAGGAUCUCCUAUUACAUUCACUUGCAAAAUAGUUGGAAUACCUGUUCCCAAGGUAUACUGGUUCAAGGAUGGCAAGCAGAUUUCAAAGAAAAAUACUCAUUUCAAAAUGAGCAGAGAAGAAGAUGGAACAUGUUCUUUACAUAUUGAAGCUUCUACUAAUGAUGAUGAUGGCAACUAUACAAUUAUGGCUGCAAACCCACAAGGGAGAAUCAGUUGUUCAGGUCACCUGAUGGUUCAGAGUAUCCCUGUUCGGGGCCGAAUAUCAACAAUUCAGCCUCACAGAACACGACCCCGGGCACCCGAAGGAGACAAAGAGGCAGUUCAAGAACGCUUUUUCAGGCCAUACUUUCUACAGGCUCCAGGUGACAUGGUAGCACACGAAGGGCGACUUUGUAGGUUGGAUUGUAAGAAUGUCUCCUACCCUGCAGAGGGUGGAAGCUCUGAAACAGAAGUUAAUGCCCUGAAGAUCAACAAUGUUCAUUACUACUUAAUUUACAAUGUGAGUGGGUUACCAACUCCAGACCUGACGUGGCUUCUGAAUGGCAAACCUGUGCUACCAGAUGGCACCCACAAGAUGCUGGUCAGAGAGAAUGGAGUUCACUCUCUGCUUAUUGAUCCUCUCUCACAAAACGAUGCUGGAACUUAUACUUGCCUUGCCACUAAUAAAACAGGACAAAAUUCAUUUAGUUUGGAGCUCACUGUUGUAGCAAAGGAAGUAAAAAAAGCUCCCAUGUUUUUGGAGAAGCUUCAGAACUGUGGUGUUCCUGAAGGGUACCCUGUCAGAUUAGAGUGCAGAGUUGUGGGAAUGCCACCCCCCAUAUUUUACUGGAAGAAGGAUAAUGAGACCAUCCCAUCAAACAGAGAGAGGAUGAGCAUGCAUCAAGAUACAACAGGGUAUGUCUGCCUCCUCAUUCAACCUGCCAAGAAAGCAGAUGCUGGCUGGUACACCUUGUCUGCAAAAAAUGAAGCUGGUAUUGUCUCUUGUACUGCUAGACUUGACAUAUAUGCUCAGUGGCACCAUCAAAUUCCACAACCAAUAAAGCUUCGACCUGGUAGCAGCCGGUAUGCAAACCUUACCAGUCAAGGACUCGACAUUUUUUCUGCCUUCCCAACUACUGAAAGCCUGAUGCUGUUUUCAUCCCCAACCCAAAAGGUAGUGGAGAGUGAAGAACUUUGAAAAACAAACAAACAAUUGUUCCAGUUACACCUGCAGAGAUACUAGAACUGUGAAAAAAAAAAAAAAGAAAAAAAAGAGGUACAAGUCAAGAUGCUCAAGGUUUACAAGCAACUUGUUUGUAAUUAAGUAUACUGCUGCUGCAAAUGUUGCAAGUAACAUAUCAUACAAGACUUUUGCAUAUUAUUUUACUGCAGGAUAAUUGUGGUAUGGAGUGUUGUGCAAUAAAUUCAGUACUGUGUAGUUUGCUAAGAAUUACAUAGUAAACAUAGUUUUCAGCACUUAAAAGCCAAUACCACUGUUACUGCUUGAAUUAAAGCUACUGUACUGUAGCAAGCCAUGUUAAGGAUUGAUGAUGUUUAGCUGGAAUACUGCCAGUGAAAACAUUGACAUUACAAUAACAAUCCUGAAUGAGGGUAAACAACAUGACUUUGAAUGUAAUUCUAAAAAAAACAUGCCAGAUAAUCACAAAGCACAAGGGGGAAAGAUGUAACUCAUUUUUAUAUAUUAUUAUGCCAGAUAAUCUCAGAAUUUUUGAACUCAAAACUAGAUAAAUAUAGCGUUUCAUGUAGGUACAGCUGUAUACCCUAUAUAUUUAUAUUUGUGUGUGUGUGUGUGUGUACUCCAUGAACUGUGUACUCAUGGUGUAAGGACUCUUAAAGUAAGGUACAGGGCACGUGCAUAGGACGCUAACACAGGAAACCAAAAUUCCUGUUGUCUGAAGCAUGUUCUAGAGCCCAUAGCUGGAACUAUUUUCCAGAUGUGCUUCAUAUUUUCCUCUUUACAAUGAUAGUGAUUCUCUGUCUUUAAUCACAGAUGAUGUCAAGCGUGUAACUUCACUGUUUUUAAAUAUCAGUCUCCUUUUCCUAAUUUUUAACGUGACUAAAAGAAAAGUGCAUCUACCAUCUAGCUUAUUUUUUAACUAGCUGAAAAGGAAUUAUGAUCUGGUGGAAUUUAAAUUUUCACCAUCAUUUAGGAAAUAAUCAUAAGUAUGGUGUCUACUACAAAGACAGAGAAAAUUCUGUUAAUAUACAAAAGUUAUGAAGUUAAGCAACAGUUAGGUGCAAAGAGCUAAAAACCCUACUGUAACUAACAGUAGUAAUAAAUAAGGCAAAUUAAUGAAAGUGCAACAAAAGGUGUUAAGUGACAACACUUAAUGAUUGAUUUAAAUAUAUUUAGCAUCUAUACAGUUGUGUUAAUACCUCCCAACACUUAGAAUCUGAAAUCUAAGAUGAUCUCCUGCAUCUUUAAAUUAUUGCUAUCCCUCUUCUUUGAACAUUGUUUUCAAGCAGUUCUUUCUUACUGCUUUCAACAUGGCUGGAGAAUACAACGAAGUCCUGAUCAAAGUCACAGAGAUUAAAAGAAAAAUUAACAGAUACUUUCAUUUUAGACCUCAUUUGGAUUUUUUCAAAGUUAAAAAUGUAACUUAAAAAACCUAUAUAUGCAAAGAAAACAAUGAGGAGUUAUCUUAAGAGCAAUAGGAUACUGGAUAUAGCCAGAGUCUAAGAAAGCGUGGGAAAGCAGAAAUACCAGUUGUUGCCCACGCUACCUCCUCCCUGGUAAACGAAAUAAAACUAAUAGCUCUUAAAAGCAAUGCAUUGAUUCAAGUGACUUCAGUCAUAGGGUGCCCAAUUUAAAACACAUUGUGGGUCUGAUUUUUCAGGAUAGAGAACUUACUGCUCCUUCUAUCUUCACUUGUUUUUAGGAUGGCUUAGGGAUUCCAAAACUAAAGCUAGACUGAGUCAGAAUUGGGCAACCCAAAAUUUAAAGUUUCCCAUAUUAAUAAGUACUCUUGGGAAAAUAAUCCAAGGAAAGUUACUGGAUUUUGCUUAUUUAAUCCAGUGCUGAUGGGAACUGGCAAUAGAGGAAAUUAAGACACAAAAAAUCAAAUUCUACUCCCAUCUACAGCCCUGGUCUUCCCAUUAUUUCAUGCCAGAAGGGAAGAGCAGAUUUUAAUUCAAAGUAUUCCAAGUUGCAUUUUGGCCAUCAGGCUUUAUACCUAGCACAGGCUUAGUCAUGCAAUUGUCUGCUCAGAACUCCUCUGUUGGACCCCUUGCCUGGCUUUGAGUGAGGGGCCAGACCAGAUGACCUGCUGGGGCUCCUUCAGACCUAAAUCACUCUGUACUUCAAUUAUUUUACUUUUCACUGCCAGUCUGAAUACUCUGUGUGGAUUAAGUUACCUAUUGACUGAAUGGAAACUAAGAAUUCAAGCAAGCACAAACUUAUCCUUUUUGACUGGGAUAUAUCCUAUUAGGCAACUCUAGCUACAAGAGUGAUCACUAUAAUCAGGGUUCUUUACGUAGUUUAGAAGAAAGGAAUACUAGUACUUACUAUUAGCAAAUAUCUGGUUACCAGUGCUGGAAUCAUACUUGUUAAUAUUACUGACAGUAGUAGCGGUUCUCACAUUUUACAACAUCAGACAACACACCCAAAAACUCAGUACAAAUUAAAAGACAAAGUGCACAGAUGAAAUAUGUAAACCAUAUCUCUUCAACCUUUUCUAUGUGAUUUCAAUGGAAUGUCUCCAAAUUUACAUCAUUAUAGCCUGAAGGGACAAGCUGAGGGUUAAGUGGUACAAUGUCUUUUAAAAUGUACAUUCAGUUCUUUGGAAGUGGGAAGACAAGAAGCUACUGCUGAAAGACUUAUCCCAAAAGUCUGUGUAAGAAGGAUUAAUCCUUAGUCAUUCAAGAAGAGGCCCCAGAAGUCUCACUGAGAGGUAGGCUACAGAAAGUGGAUCACCAAAAUCUGUCAGCUGAACUACAACAUUCUCUCCUUGACUGUAUUUACUAGCAAAAGGAUCAAAACUUUACCCAUCACAUCUACCUACAUAAUGCAGAAGUCAGUAAUUUCAAUCACUUUCAGUGCGUCUGAUACAAACAAAAUCAGAAUCUGAUCCUAAAUGGUCUGUAGUCAUUAAAUUUUGCUCGUUAACUGCUACAGGACAUUUCUCCUCUGCAUAUACUGAGCCCAUAAAAUAAGUAUGUAAAGGAAGCUUAUGUGAAUGGAUGUAAAUGCUGUUAAUUAGGAGUAUUGAUGUGCUCAUCACAAAGACAACUUGGUAGAAAAAGACACAAAAAUUAUGUUUGUGUUGUUAACUGAUGGAAAAGCCAAGGGGAAAAGGCUUGAGUAAGCAGCAGAGACAACACGGAGUUGUCAGAAACCAUGUGAUGCUGUUUGAGUUCAUGUCCUGUGAAGGAUGGCACUAUCUAAUCAUACUGUGUCAAGAUGUACUAGAGGCCAUGCAACUGGGCUCCCUUCCUGAACAGCUUGGCUGUUCAUUGUUUUUGUUUAAUUGAAUAACCAAUUUGACUUCACACUAACAUGCUACUUCAUUCUCUUAUUCAGGGCAGGCUACUGCAACAACAAAAAUCAAUGUUAGAACUUCCACUGAAGUCAGUGUUAGCUAUUAUCUUCUAAAAGUCCAUUAAAUCACCCCAAUGUGGAGCAUAACAUGGUAUCAGUGAGAUACAGAAAUGCUCGGUUUUGUAAUCUCUCAAUGUUUUCUGAUUCAGAACCUCAUAGGUUUAUUUAGUUUCCUGUUUCCUUCUAGUCCUGGUUUUGCAUACAGAGGCACAGCAUAUUUCAAAGAGCAGAAAUGAAAACUUUUAUAUUGCAAUUCUAGAAAGCAAAAGUAUUACCUCUGCUUUGAAAUCUUGGUCCAGUUUGGUGCAAACCCAGUCCUCAGCAGCAUCACAUAGCAGUUUGCAUUGAAAUCAUUGGACUUCUUGCCUUAAAACAGCUGGAUUAAGUUCCUGUGCUUCCCUAUGGAAGGUGGAGUGUACCUUCUCAACACCUCAUAUCUGCUAAAAUGAGGAGAAGAUGAGAGCACACACUUCAAAAUAUGAAAAGCCAAAUCUGCAGUCUGUAUCUUAAUAUGUAAACAAUUGUCAAUUCCAACUGUUUACAGUAACCAUAGGUACUUCAAAGCAACAAAUCUGGAAUAACAAUUCCUUUAAGAACUGUGUUGUUGAAGCUACCAGGUUUAAAAGUGUUAAGAUUCUGGAAAAUGUCUUCAUACAAAAUGAUUAGCAAGACCUAAUGGAAUAUUUUAACUGUUAAAUAGUGGAGAAGUGAUUCACUGUUAAUUGCCUUACUGUUUCCAAUACGAUGAUGUUCACUUUGAGCCUUAAAAUUCUAUUUUAUAAUUUUUUUUGAUUAAAGUUGAUAUUUUUUAUUUUUUUGAUCCACAGUCAUUCUCAUUGGGAAGAAAAAUGUUAAUGUCAGUUUUAAAGUAUAUUUUAAGUGCAUAUGAAAGGAAAAAACAAACACCUGUCUGUUCAGUAAUGUAUUUCCCUUCGUCUCACCUAAAUUUGAAUAAAUGCUUCAGAGUUGCAUA